AUGAACGGACACGCCAACGGAUACGACCAUAAGCUCCCACCGGGCGACUGCCCGACCCUGGCCCUCGUGGAGCCCACCGAGGACGAGAAGGUCAUCCAGUGGACAAAGAACGCACCGUCCUGGCGGGGUGCGCUGUCCCUCGAGGCAUACAUCCGCCGCGAGCGGUUCCUCUCGAGCCAGGACAUCACCAAAGACGGAGGGCAGACCUGGUGGGUGCUGGUCGACGAGGCCGCCAGCGAACGCAUCCUCCUGGCCGGUUGCGAGAGCUUCCGGAAGAAGGCAAUCGUAGCGAAGGAUGGACAGAUAAAGGACGUGAUUACGCACGGCAUCGGCAGCGUCUUUUCACCGCCGGAGCACAGAGGGAAGGGUUACGCAGGACGGAUGAUGCAGGAGCUGGGCAAGAAGCUGAGAACGUGGCAGACGUCAGAGAAGACGGACUGCCUAUUCUCCAUCCUCUACUCUGACAUCGGCAAGAAAUUCUAUGCGAACCGCGGUUGGGAGCCCUUCAGGUCUGCACACAUCUCGGUGCCGGCAACGGCAGAGCAGUCGCAGGCUGUGGAACUGCCGCCAGUGAAGGACCUUGGCGCUGCAGAUCUGCCGGAUCUCUGCACGCACGACGAAAGCAAGCUUCGCGAGAGCUUGAAAGACAGCCCGUCGGACGGUAAAACCCGAGUGGCCAUUGUGCCUGACAUUCACACCAUCCGGUGGCACCACGCCCGUGAGGAGUUUGUCGGCAAGGAAUUUUACGGAAACCACCCGGUGGUCAAGGGCGCCAUGAUUGGGGAGGAGAAAGGCAAGCGGGUGUGGUGCUAUUGGACACGGAUGUGGUACAACGCCGAUAAGAACCAAAGCAAGGGCAACACCCUGCACAUCCUUCGCUUGGUUAUCGAGGACGACGUUCGUCCGGACACGGUGGUUACGGCCAUCGCAGCGCUGCUUGCCAGAGCACAGCGCGAGGCUGCAAACUGGCAUAUGGCUGAGGUGGAGGCGUGGAGUCCCACACCAGAGGUCGUCGCUGCCGCUCAGCUUUUGGAUCCCAAGGCCGAGGUGGUCAACAGAGACACGGAGAGCAUCGCCAGUCUUAUGUGGUACGGUAAGCCGCCGGCGGACGGCAGCUCCGUCGCAGAGGCCAUCGAGUGGGUAGGCAACGAGAAGUAUGGGUGGUGUUGA